GCCGGCAGCAGCCACCCACAAGGCCCCGCGCUCCCCAGACCCAGCCGCCGCCGCCUCGCCCUGACCCGCAAGAUGAAGGCCCCGAGUCGUCAGCUGUUGCUGCUCGCCGUCCUGCUGCGUCUCUCCGAUGCCUUCUACCUGCCUGGCCUGGCGCCCGUCAGCUUCUGUCAGAAAGGGGAAGAGACCGAGUCGUGUAAGUCAAACAUCGAAGUAUUUGUGAAUAGAUUGGACUCUGUGGAAUCCGUCCUACCAUAUGAAUAUGAUGCGUUUGACUUUUGUCAGAAUGAAACUGAGAAACGUCCUUCGGAAAAUUUGGGGCAAGUGUUGUUUGGUGAGAGGAUUGAGUCAUCACCAUACAAGUUUACCUUUAACAAACCUGAAACAUGUAAACCGAUUUGCAUAAAAUCCUAUGAACCAAAAGAUAAAGGGAGUGUUGACAAACUGUCGUUCUUAAAGAAAGGAAUUCUCCUAAAUUACCAGCAUCAUUGGAUUAUUGAUAACAUGCCUGUCUCAUGGUGCUAUGAUGUAGAAGAUGGUCAAAAGUUUUGCAAUCCAGGAUUUCCCAUUGGCUGCUUUGUUACACAAGAUGGCCACCCAAAGGAUGCCUGUGUCAUCAACUCUGAAUUCAAUAAGAAGAACACCUACUACAUUUUCAAUCACGUGGAUAUCUUCAUCACUUAUCACAAAGGAACUAGCAAAGAAUGGGAAGGUGCAAGAUUGGUUGCUGCAAAAUUAGUACCCAAAAGUUACAACCAUGCGGACCUAAACCACCGAAAUUGUGAUGGACCUCCGAUGGAAAUUCCUGCUGAAGACAAGGAUAAGAAAAUAAAUAUUGUGUAUACCUAUUCGGUUACAUUUACAGAAGAUGAUAAGAUAAAGUGGGCUUCCAGAUGGGAUUACAUUUUGGAGUCCAUGCCACACACAAAUAUUCAGUGGUUUAGUAUUAUGAAUUCCCUUGUGAUUGUCCUCUUCUUGUCUGGAAUGGUUGCAAUGAUUAUGCUGCGGACUCUACACAAAGAUAUUGCCAGAUACAAUCAGAUUGACUCAGCAGAGGAUGCCCAGGAAGAAUUUGGUUGGAAAUUGGUGCACGGAGAUAUCUUCAGACCCCCCAGGAAAGGAAUGCUAUUAUCUGUUUUCCUCGGUCAAGGAACACAGAUCUUCAUUAUGAUGUUUAUCACUCUAUUCCUUGCUUGCCUUGGGUUCCUUUCGCCUGCAAACCGAGGAGCACUGAUGACCUGUGCCGUUGUCCUCUGGGUCUUGCUGGGAACACCUGCAGGAUAUGUUUCUGCUCGAAUGUACAAGACAUUCGGUGGUGAGAAGUGGAAAACCAAUGUUCUCUUGACUUCUUUUCUUUGCCCUGGAAUCGUCUUCAUUGAUUUCUUUAUCACAAACCUCAUCCUCUGGGUUGAAGGAUCAUCUGCUGCCAUUCCCUUUGGGACUCUUGUAGCAAUUUUGGCAAUGUGGUUUGGAAUUUCAGUCCCACUCACUUUUGUUGGUGCUUAUUUUGGAUUUAAAAAAAGGCCCAUUGAUCAUCCGGUCCGGACAAAUCAGAUUCCACGUCAAAUCCCGGAGCAGUCCUUCUUCACCAAGCCGCUGCCGGGCAUUGUCAUGGGCGGCAUCUUGCCCUUUGGCUGUAUUUUCAUUCAACUUUUUUUUAUUUUGAACAGCAUCUGGUCUCACCAGAUGUACUACAUGUUUGGUUUCCUGUUCUUGGUGUUCAUCAUUCUCCUCAUCACUUGCUCAGAAGCCACCAUCCUCCUGUGUUACUUCCACCUUUGUGCAGAGGAUUAUCACUGGUGGUGGAGGUCAUUCCUGACGAGUGGUUUUACAGCCGUGUACUUCUUCGUAUACGCUGUUCAUUACUUCUUCUCCAAGCUUCAAAUUUCUGGGGCCGCAAGCACAAUAUUAUACUUCGGCUACACGCUCAUCAUGGUCUUGAUUUUCUUUCUCUUUACAGGGACAGUUGGAUUUUUCGCCUGUUUCUGGUUUGUUAACAAGAUUUACAGUGUUGUGAAGGUAGAUUAAUAAUGGCCUCCACACAUAUGAUGUGUAUUUUCUUUAUCUUUGCAUUUAAAUAUUUAUCAUGGCUUUAAUCCUGGACACCUUCUAAACACUGUUCACUUUUAAUUGCAAAUCUAGAAUAAUUGCAACAAUAAAAAUAGAUUAGUUGAUGGUCUCUCACAUUUUGCAAUCAUGUAAUUAUGGUUAGUGACAGGUCAGGAAAGACUUGACUGUUCAUUCCAUGUUUAGUCGUCUCAUUCAGUGCAUAGAGUUCUUCCCGUUUGAUUUGUAGUGCAUGCUUAGGGUUUGCUCUGAUUCCGUGCCACUGGCAGAACUGCCUGCCCACUCGAUAGCAUUUCAAUAUCUGGGCCCCUUUCUCAAGUGCAUUGAACUGCAGGAGAACCACAGAACAGCACCAUUGCUGGAAUUGCAGUGUGCACUUUCCUUUGGAAGCAGAAGGCGGUGAAGUGAACCUGCUCUGGUGAUUCCAAUGUUGGUCAUUGUGCUCUUGUGGUUUUAAUUUCAAUGUAUGUGCUCAAAACAAAUUUGAAUAAUUUGACUGGACGUGGAUUUUCAAGUGCUACGUUAAAACAAUUGCAAUAAUAUCAAUUAUUUGUACAUAAACAGCUCAUUCACCUUUAUAAUGUAAAUAUAUGGAACUGCAUUAACCCAUGCCCUGCCCAACCCCUCAGUUAAUUAUUUGUUCCCGUUUCCCGACAGCGGCAAGGAUUUGAGCUUUUAUUGGUAUUUUCU